AUGCGCCGCGCCAUCAACCUCGUUUCGCGUGCUAGGCCUAUCUGCGCUCAGCCUCUUGCCGUCACAUCCUCACGACGCAUCCUCUCCACCCUCCGCCCUCGCCUUGCCCCCUCCGUCUUCUCUGCUCGCCGACACCUCUCCGACCUCCCUGACGCGCUUCCAAAGCUCGACCUCGGGGUCGGCGAACACGUCGUUGUCGAAGCACGCGCCGGCCCCUCCCAGUCCAACGCGUGGGCCGGUCACGCGCAACUCGCCCUCUCCGGCGGCGCACAAGCGCUCACUCUCGUCAUCCGUUCUGACCCUGCCUCUGCUUCCGACGAGGUCUGGGCCGACGCACCGGAGGGCAAGGACCACAUCAAGCAGUGGCACGCCGACCUUGUUGAGAACUUGUUGGGUCUUCUGGUUGCCCACCUCCCCACCACGCCUAUCAAGGUUGUUGGGCUCGAGACGGUAGGACGAGACGGAGAGGAAGGGGAGGGGUACGUCAAGGGAUGGGUUGAGACGACCGUUUCGCAGUGGUGCAAGCUCGAAUCGGAUGCGGCUGUGGACGAAAUCAAGGAGCGCGAGGAGAAUAAUGGACGCGAUGUUUACACUCUCCCUGAGACGGCGGCGGCCAUCGCCAACGCCGGCAAGCCGAUGCGCAACCUUCAGCUCAUUAGUUUGGCGGCGUUCGAAGGCCGGCCAGAAGAGGAGAAGGAACAAGACCACGACCAUGACCACGACCACUCUUGUGGUCCGACCUGCAACCACUAG